AUGUUGGGAAUUCAACACACUUUUGACCCCCCACAACUACACACACCACCAGCAACCCCCCAACCACCACCCGGUGGAAAGGACAUUGCGAUGGCAAAACGUACGUUCGAGGAAGAACAGCGGAACCUAACCCCCACCGGCGCAAAAAGAAAAAAAAACGUGGAAGCUGUGCAUUUAACAAAAAAAACAUUGACACUAUUUAGCAGUCUUGGUGACGAGACAAAACGAUCAAGAACAAUCCUUACAAAGUGCAAACACGACAUUACAGUGGACACCAACAAGCAGUACCUAACAUAUGAAUUGUUUGCUGAGAUGCGAAAAAAAAGCGUUGGAAAUUAUAAAGGAACAAAGAGACAUGCUAGUUAG